AUGGCAAUACCUUUUUGGCUCCCGGCGGCUUUGCAGUUCUUUUCCUGUGCUGCGGUGAGCUGUGUUCUCAGGCAUCAUUUGGGCUAUCAUGGCGUGUGGGCGGCAGCGCUGAGUGUGGCGAGCUUAACGGGGCUGUUCUGUGGAUCUCUGUUCUGGGGAGCCGUGGCUGACUAUGUCGGAAACAUCAAAGGGGUGCUUUCGGUGGCCCAUGCCCUCGCCAUGAUCUGCGUGCCAUUCAACGUGAUGCCUUCCAUCGCAAGCUCUUAUCCACUCCUUGCGUGUCUCACCGUGCUGGUCUCCUUCCUGCUGGCAGCGGAUACCGGAUUGGUAGACACAAUCUGCUUAGCCGCUGCGGACGCGCAGGGUGACUAUGGAGAGAUGCGCUCCUGGAGUUGCAUCGGCUGUGGGCUGAUUUGCGUCGUGGUGGGAGCCGGCCUUGCCCUCACGGGCCCAUGGAUGAUCUACUCCACCUUUGUGGUGCUGCAAGUCCCUUUGUUGAUCAUGCUUCUCUUCUUCUUGCCGAGCCCGCGUUUGAGCAGAGAAGUGGCCCAGAAGAGAGAAGUGAAGAUCAUGGAGUGCCUCACGGGGAAUAAAACCUCCAUCUCGGAGGUCUUCUUGUAUGGGCUGUGCCUGUCCCUGAUCGAGAUUUUCGGGCCGGUUUAUUACAUCAAGUUCCUGGGCACCUCCAGCUUCACGUUCGGUGCCGCGGUGCUGAUCAUGUGCUUGGCAGAGAUCGUCGUCUUCCGGUUCAUCGCGCGUGCUCUUCGGGAUCUUCACGCCUCGUGGGCGUGGGUCCGCGACGCAUGCUACGCUCUGCUGGCGCUGCGCUGCCUUGGAUACUGCCUCGUGCCUGCGUCCAUGCCCUGGGCAGCCCUGGCUUUGGAAGUGCUCCAUGGCUUCAACUUCGCAGCCAUGUGGUACAUCACCGUAAAGAGGGCCGACACCCUGGCACCUCCGGGCGCCCAGGCCACGAUGCAAUCUCUCACAAGUGGAACCUACUUCUUCUUGUCGAUGGGCGUGGGCUCAAUGGUGUGGGGCCAUUGCCUCGAAGCUCCGCCAAGUGGCAUCGGGUGGCAGAGGAGCUUUCAGCUCUGCUCCUUCCUGACGAUUGCAGCGCUCGCAUGGAAUCGAUGCGCCAAGACGCCGCAGCCCAUUGACGCGCCGCGCGCCGACGUGCCUUCCGACGACUUGCCUCUGGUAGAACCUCCCGAACAAACCCCAAACCCUAAACCCUAA